UUGGGAAUUAACCAAUGAGCUGAAACUUCAUCGGAAACUGCUGAGAGACAGGCGGAGAGGUUCGGGGAGAGACCGUCAGCUGUGGACUACCGGGCGCAGGGCUCGGUCGGUGAUUAGCUUCGAGGCGAUUUGCGUGCUGGAGUGAUUUUUACGACCAUGGUGGUGAAUUCGGUGCACUGGUUCCGAAAAGGGCUGCGACUUCACGACAACCCGGCGCUGCAGGAGGCGUUAAAUGGCGCGGACACGGCGCGCUGUGUUUACGUCCUGGAUCCGUGGUUCGCUGGAGCGGCGAACGUCGGAGUUAACCGGUGGAGAUUUCUCCUGGAGUCGUUAGAAGAUCUGGAUACGAGUUUAAGGAAACUAAACUCGAGGUUGUUUGUGGUGCGAGGCCAACCUGCCGAUGUGUUUCCCAGACUGUUCAAGGAGUGGAACGUGACUCGUCUGACGUUCGAGUAUGACUCGGAGCCGUACGGUAAGGAGCGGGAUGGGGCUAUCAUUAAAAUGGCCCAGGAGUUUGGCGUGGAGACGAUCGUGAGGCACUCACACACACUCUACAAUCCAGACAGGAUCAUCGAGAUGAACAACAACCAUCCACCGCUUACCUUCAAACGCUUUCAGGCCAUCGUGAGUCGCCUCGAGCUGCCCAAGAAGCCGCUGCCCACCAUCACGCCUGGGCAGAUGGCCGGCCGCAGCUCUCAGCUCUCGGAGAACCACAACAAGCGUUACGGCGUGCCCUCGCUGCAGGAGCUCGGGUUUAAACCUCAGGGCGAGGCUGUGCCAGUUUGGAGAGGUGGUGAAACUGAGGCUCUGGAGAGACUCAAUAAGCAUCUGGACAGAAAGGCAUGGGCGGCAAGUUUUGAGCGUCCUCGAAUCAAGGCCCACUCGCUGUUUGCCAGUCCUACUGGACUGAGUCCAUACCUCUGUUUCGGCUGCUUGUCAUCACGAGUGCUUUAUUACCACUUGCGUGAACUUUACAUGAAGCUGCGCCGACGUUCCAGUCCUCCUCUCUCGCUGUUCAGGCAGCUGCUGUGGCGUGAGUUCUUCUACACCGCGGCUACCAACAACCCCAGCUUCGAUCGCAUGGAAGGAAACCCAAUUUGCGUGCAAAUCCCUUGGGACCAGAAUCCCGAAGCGUUGGCCAAGUGGGCCGAAGGCAGGACGGGCUUCCCCUGGAUCGAUGCCAUCAUGUGCCAGUUGAGGCAGGAGGGCUGGAUCCAUCACCUAGCACGCCACGCCGUGGCCUGCUUCCUCACCCGAGGAGACCUGUGGAUCAGCUGGGAGAACGGCAUGAAGGUGUUCGAGGAGCUGUUGCUCGACUCUGACUGGAGCGUAAAUGCUGGAAGCUGGAUGUGGCUUUCCUGCAGCGCUUUCUUCCAGCAGUUCUUCCACUGCUACUGUCCCGUGGGCUUCGGACGCCGCAUCGACCCCAGCGGAGACUACAUACGGAGAUAUAUUCCCGAGCUGAAGGACUACCCGAGCCGCUACAUCUACGAGCCGUGGAAUACACCAGAGUCGAUUCAGAAGGCAGCGAACUGCAUUGUGGGAGUCCAUUAUCCCAAACCCAUGUUAAACCAUGCAGAGAGUAGCCGCCUCAACAUCGAGAGGAUGAAGCAAGUCUAUCAGCAGCUUUCUCACUACAGAGGCCUUAGUUUGCUAGCCUCGGUGCCCACCAUUCAGGAGGAGGCAGAGCCGUCAAUGUCGGACGACUCUCAGGCCAGCAGCAGCGGCUCCAUCUCGAUGUCCCAUCAGCCACAACCUGAGUUUGAACCCCAGCCACCUCAAACAGAUCCCGACCCUGAUCCAGACCAGGACCCGGAUCCCGAGCCUUCGUCGGCUCCUGCAGCCGUGAGAAAACGAGGUCGCUCCUCUGAACCACAGAACUCGCAGAACCCCAAAGUGCAACACACUAGUCAGACGAUAGCUGAGCAGCUGCGUACGAACAGCAAGGAGUGACUGAGCAGAUUGUGAAGAUGAAGGUAAACAAAAGGGGAAGGAUGCUCUGCAAAACAACAACAAAAACCAUCCACAAAACUGGAAAAUUAGUGCAACACAUCAGAGUACAAGCUGAGAGGAAGAAUAAAGAAAUGACACUGCAGCGUGUUCGGGGGUCGGCACACACAGAGCAUCUUUUGUUUUUAACCUGUUCAGCAAAGUUAGAGCUUUAACGACACAUUUAAAGCAACACAUUAACGACACAUUCGUAUUUAAAGCAAAUGUGCUCUGAUCAGCAUUAAACAUAGUACAACGUUAAAUCAGGUUAAGAGCGAUUUAUCAGUGUUGUGUUUUUUUUAUACACAGUAUAAUUCAAAUUUCAUAACCUCAGCACGAGCUCACAAAGACAAAUUAAUCAGGCAUUGCUUGCAGCAUGUACAAUCAGCAGCAUGAAGGAACUUUUUUGUUCUUUUCUAUUAUUUUUUUUUUUCCUCCUCAUCAAUAAGAUUUACACAAGUCCAUCCGUUCCCACAACAUCCAGUUCUCCUGGCUAAAGGACGUUCGCUUUGUUUAACUACAUUCCACGUUAUCAUGCACAUUCACAAGCCUGAGUCCCCUGCCAAGCAGACUAGCGUUAUUUAUUUCAUCUUUGCUGUUGUACAAGUGUUUAUUUAGGUUUCGAGCGAUAAAAGCUCUGCAGGGGUGAAAAGCAGGCGUGCCCCUGUGUGCACUUUCAUGCUUUGAUUAAGGACAGUUGGGCGAGCAAUGAUUUUUGGAAGGCGAUGUCGAGAGAAAGACGCUGCAGUUACUGCACUGUUUAUCUGCACUAAAUAAAAUCCAUCAUUUGGACACA